AUGCCAGAAAUCUAUGAAGGCGACGAAUAUCACACUUAUCUUAGGGAAAUUCUUGAUAAUGAUAAUUUAUACAUUUCUCGGAGGCCAAGCUCCCAAUUAAUGACCGAAACUGAUGAAGUAAAAGUUUGCAUUAUUAUCAACGGCGAAAACGGGCUAAAGCGUUCGUUAAAAAAGACUGCAAAACUUUCCGAAAUAAGGAUACAAUGGGAAGAGGAACAGGAUUCACUUUACAUGGGUUCAAAUUGUUAUUUUGUUGAUAAAAACGGCAUUAAGAUUGAUCCGAUUGAAGAGUCAAAAGAAAUUUUAAUAGACAAUUUAAAUCGAGGUACCGAGAUAGGUACUUUAAAUAUUUUAUUAGAGACUAACAAACCUGAUUGGGUACGGUUAACUCGCAUGUGUGAAAACGGAUUUAUUAUUAAAUGUGAUGAAGAUAUGGCAAAAGAUAAGGUAAUUAUUGAAAAGGCUCCAAAACAAGUGGCCGAAAUAAAAAUAGACAGCAAAGAUACAAAAAUCAAUACGGAUGAAGGAUUCUACGAAGAAGAGCUCGAGUGUCAUAAUGAAAUUGAAGAUAUAUGUAAACGAAACCCUGUCACAUCGGCUAGUGUCCCAGCUGCUACACCUUGA